AUGGCUAUGAAAAGGGCAGCCGAGUCACAAGAUCAAAAGGAACAUCGACAAGAAUGCAACAGAUUAAGAGCAACUAUAAGAAGGAGGCAAGAGACCGAUGAUAUGAGGAAUUUCAGAAAAGAACAAGAUAGAAUGGGGAAGGCUAUUACUAGGGAACAAGAGUCACAAGAACAGAGGGAACAUAGACAAGAACAAGAUAGAAUGGGGAAGGCUAUUAGUAGGGAACAAGAGUCACAAGAACAGAGGGAACAUAGGCAGGAACAAGAUAGAAUGGGGAAGGCUAUUAGUAGGGAACAAGAGUCACAAGAACAGAGGGAACAUAGGCAGGAACAAGAUAGAAUGGGGAAGGCUAUUAGUAGGGAACAAGAGUCACAAGAACAGAGGGAACAUAGACAAGAACAAGAUAGAAUGGCAACGGCUAUUAGUAGGGAACAAGAGACAGAAGAACAAAGGGAACAUAGGCAAGAGCAAAAUAGAAUGGGAACUGCUAUUAGUAGGGAAAAAGAGACUCAAGAACAGAGGGAACAUAGGCAAGAACAAGAUAGAAUGGCAACGGCUAUUAGUAGGGAACAAGAGACUCAAGAACAGAGGGAACAUAGACAAGAACAAGAUAGAAUGGCAACGGCUAUUAGUAGGGAACAAGAGACAGAAGAACAAAGGGAACAUAGGCAAGAGCAAAAUAGAAUGGGAACUGCUAUUAGUAGGGAAAAAGAGACUCAAGAACAGAGGGAACAUAGGCAAGAACAAGAUAGAAUGGCAACGGCUAUUAGUAGGGAACAAGAGACUCAAGAACAGAGGGAACAUAGGCAAGAACAAGAUAGAAUGGCAACGGCUAUUAGUAGGGAACAAGAGUCACAACAACAGAGGGAACAUAGACAAGAACAAGAUAGAAUGGCAACGGCUAUUAGUAGGGAACAAGAGACUCAAGAACAGAGGGAACAUAGGGAAGAACAAGAUAGAAUGGCAACGGCUAUUAGUAGGGAACAAGAGUCACAAGAACAAAGGGAACAUAGGCAAGAACAAGAUAGAAUGGCAACGGCUAUUAGUAGGGAAAAGAGACUCACAGACAACAAGGGAACAUAG